GGAGCCCUUCAGUGUGUAUCCGGAGACUGCCGCAAAACAGCCUGUCAGGCAGAUCCCAGUCCGGGCCCAACGCGCACCCGCAUACGGAGCCGGAGUCACACGCUUAAGCCGCUUGACAGCCAAAGCCUCUCAUCCCCGUCCACCACAGAUACUCUUCUCCCGCGGGAGCCAUGUUGGGAACAGACCCUACGGAGGUGUCCGGAUCAUGACCCCAGGACAGCAGCGGGCCACAUAGCAGCCAGCACACCGGGGGGAGGCUGCACACUCCCAGCCACUGUAUCCGUCUGUACCAGCUGACCACAGACUGCCGGGUCCGGCCUGCAGCCCCGGGACUCCAGUUUCCGCUGCCAGCCAGUCCACUUAGCCGUUCUACGCUGCAAGGCAUUUCUUUAACCUUCUGGAGAGCCAAGAGAAAACCCCUUGAGAUUGGUUUUUCUACACAGCACGCCUCUAUCUGAAACAUGAAGAAGUUUAAGAGAAGGCUCUCGCUCACGUUGCGGGGCAGUCAGACCAUAGAUGAAUCCCUAUCGGAGCUUGCAGAGCAAAUGACCAUCGAGGAAAACAGCAGCAAAGACAAUGAACCAAUUGUGAAGAAUGGCAGGCCUCCAACGUCUCACAGUAUGCACUCCUUCCUCCACCAAUACACAGGAUCCUUCAAGAAGCCCCCACUGAGAAGACCGCACAGUGUUAUAGGUGGAAGCCUCGGUUCUUUCAUGGCAAUGCCUAGGAAUGGGAGCAGACUAGAUAUAGUACACGAAAACCUUAAAAUGGGAUCAGAUGGUGAAAGUGACCAAGCAUCUGGGACCUCAUCAGACGAAGUUCAGUCGCCAACCGGUGUAUGCCUACGGAAUCGAAUGCAUCGGCGGAUUUCAAUGGAGGACUUGAAUAAACGGCUGUCACUUCCAGCAGACAUUAGGAUACCAGAUGGAUAUUUAGAAAAGCUACAAAUCAACAGCCCUCCCUUUGAUCAACCCAUGAGCAGGCGAUCGAGAAGGGCAUCAUUGUCAGAAAUUGGUUUUGGGAAAAUGGAAACGUACGUCAAGUUGGAAAAGCUUGGAGAGGGCACUUAUGCGACGGUGUUUAAAGGAAGAAGUAAAUUAACGGAGAACCUUGUAGCGCUGAAAGAAAUCCGUUUGGAGCAUGAAGAAGGAGCCCCGUGCACAGCUAUCAGAGAAGUAUCGCUAUUAAAGGACCUGAAGCAUGCAAACAUUGUCACUUUGCAUGACAUUGUACACACGGACAAGUCGCUCACGCUGGUGUUUGAAUAUCUGGAUAAAGAUUUAAAGCAGUAUAUGGAUGACUGUGGGAAUAUCAUGAGUAUACACAAUGUAAAGAUAUUUUUGUAUCAGAUUCUGCGGGGCCUGGCAUACUGUCACAAGCGAAAAGUACUUCACAGGGACUUGAAGCCACAAAAUCUGCUCAUCAACGAGAAAGGGGAAUUGAAACUAGCUGAUUUUGGCUUGGCCAGAGCAAAGUCUGUUCCCACAAAAACCUACUCGAAUGAGGUCGUAACACUAUGGUACAGGCCUCCAGAUGUCCUCCUGGGCUCUUCUGAAUACUCAACGCAAAUUGAUAUGUGGGGUGUUGGCUGUAUAUUUUUUGAAAUGGCUUCAGGAAGACCUUUGUUUCCCGGGUCCACGGUGGAAGAUGAGCUUCAUUUAAUUUUCAGACUCCUAGGCACUGCAACUGAGGAAACAUGGCCGGGCAUUUUGUCAAAUGAUGAAUUCCGAAACUACAAUUUUCCCAAAUACAAGCCUCAGCCUCUGAUCAAUCACGCACCAAGGUUAGACUCGGAAGGAAUCGAGCUAUUAACAAAGUUUCUUCAGUACGAAUCUAAAAAGAGGAUUUCUGCAGAAGAUGCCAUGAAACAUGCUUACUUCCGAAGUCUUGGCACAAAAAUACACAGCUUACCAGAAAAUAUCUCUAUAUUCAGUCUUAUGGAUAUCCAAUUACAAAAAGAUCCUGGUUUUCGAAAUUCCUCCUAUUCAGAGACAGGACAUGGAAAGAACAGAAGACAAAGCAUGCUCUUCUAAGAUUUUCUUUCCUAUCUUGUGGUUUUUGUACCAAUAUCAGAUACUUUGGUGGAAAUUGAUCACUUCUGGUGGACUCCUGGACUCAUGUCUACCUACCAGCGGAGUUGUUUAUUUCAGGCCUGCAGAUUUUUUUUUAUAUUUGUUGUCACAGUGUGACAAAUACUGUACAGAUUGUUCUUAAGGUCUCCACUGCUGUUUUAGCUGGUAGGUUACGGCUGUCGGUGUGACUGUAGCUGCAGUUCUCAUGCGGGACUGAGACAUAAUGCGUUAUUUAUUGCGGAAUCGUUGCUGCUAAAUGACUACUGUCUGAAUAUUUACCAUAACAGUCAAAUGCCUGAAGAAGUUGCGGUGGCUUUAUAAUCUGUGAAUGCAUUGUGUUUUUUGUUUUUCCUUUUGUUCUCCCAGACGGUUUUAUCUUUUUUUUUUUUUUUCUUUUCCACAACAUUUUAUUUCCAUGUUUGGAUGUUUCUCUUGUAUUGCUUGGCCUUCAUAGUUUUGCGGACCAAGGUUAAUACACUCGGUUAGUUUGAGAAUAAUUUGCCCAUGUUAAUCUUAGCAAAAAAUAUAUAAUUCAGUAAUCCAACCAGCAAAAAUAUUUCUUAAUUUUUCCAGGUCACCAGCAAAGUGCUUUCCAAGUCGCAGAUAUAACAACCUCCCCACUGACCAUUUAUUAGAAGCUCUGAUGAUGCCUGGAACCACAAAGUGCCAACGGCACUUAAAUUAAAGCUCACUUGAUUAUACAAGUACACUCAUGUGAGACCGGUGUGUCUUUCAAGGAUAUUUACAUCCUUGUUUUUAUUACUAAUAUAAUUUCAAAAAUGACCAGUUUCCUCCAUUUUUUCUUCAUUGAGGGGGAAUAGGAUAGUGACACAAGAAUUGAUAACUAAUCUUAAUUACUUGAAUGAAACACGUUUAUAAAGUCUGAUGGUUUAUAUCAAUAUUACGUAAAACUAUAAGCGAAUAGCCACGUUAAGCUUCUUAAAAUGCACAUUUCACGUUAACCGGAAAAAACACGGUGAUGACAAGUACUACAAGAUCAAAGCAGUGAGAAGCCGCUCCAGUUUCCAACCCUGUUCUUGGAUCUUCUGUGCUAAAGUUGGCGUUGGUUAGGCUUCUCUCGCUCGGCUGUAUGCUAUGCGCUUAUAAAAUCCCAGUCUCCUAUAGGCACCCCUUGGCGUUCAGCUGCUGUAGCGUGGCAGUCACUGGCAGGGCAUCAUGGGGAUUGUAGUCCACGAUUGCUUCACAAUUGCACUCUUAGACUUCUAUACGAAAAGGCAGUAGUAAUGGAUUCUCUAAAGGUUUUCACUCCAAUGUGAAUAGCACAUAGUAACACCGGGCCUGCACCGCUGUGCAGCAUUAACCUGAUGUAACCCAUAAGCAUUCCAGUGAAUAUGCAAUAAUACAAACAUUUUUCCUUUCCUCCAACAUCUUCGUGAAGAGUAAAAUAGCUAAGUGGCUGCAUUUUUUAUUGGCCAAAAAGUUCCCCCUUUUGUAAUUUGUUUCCUUUAAACGUAAUAAAGUUGUAGAAUGAGCCCUUUUAUAAACAUAUGCAGCGCUCAUUCAAAAGGUAAACUUUUUGAGUUCAUCUUUAUUUUCACGUACUUUUGAACGAAAUGUGGAAAAGUCCGCUUAGCACAAAACAAAACGAUCUCCCCUUUUACUGUAUUCCCUCCAUUUUAUGUAAGACGGAUCUAUAAUAAACAUUUUUUUUUAAUUUUCUUUUCCUAUGUCUUGAAAGUAAAUCUGUUGCUUUAACUUUCAGCAUUUCUGUGACAUAAGCGUCAGUGUGCAGCGUUUUUCCAGCUGCCGUUGGCGAUGAAGCGGAGAUGUUAAUGAAAGUAAACUUGCUGGUGGCAACAGAAGUUAUUUCUGAAGUAUUUGAGCUCGCCUAGUUUAUUUUUGGGGUUUUAACCAGAAAAAGAUUGUAAAAUCUCUGUUCUGUUUUUAAGUGGUCAUGUUAAUCUUUGAAGUGGUGCAUCCUGAAUGAUUGUCAUUGGGUUUUCACGACUCUACCAUUCACUGUAAAAACGUUCAGGGUCUUCCCAUUUCUGUAGUCUAUUUAACAGUAUUACGUGACCUCUUGUUAAUUUUUUUUCUAUAUUUUUUUUAUUUCAUUUUUAACUUUAUUUGUGAAUAGUGAUGGUGGAACAUGUGGGUUUGUUUCUUUAAUAUAACAUAUAUUAAAUUGGGAAUUUUUUUUGUUAGAAAUGACAGGUUCAUGUUAAAUAGCAGAGAAUAUUUGGACCACUACUUUUUCUGAUAUUGUACAUGGGUUAAUUUAAGAAUGAAUGGAUCCAUAGACCUAACAGAACUGGUGUUUUAUUUUAAACUGACAAACCUGUAUUAAUAUUGUACUUUUUGAAGUAUAAAUAUUAUGUGAAAUAUCAGCAGUCUUGUUUUGAAGUUUCUCAUGAGAACAGCUAUUUCUAUGUUGUGAGACUCCCCCCACACGCGCACACACACACACACACACACCUUAUCAUGUGCAGCUCAGAAACAGAUGUUUAAAAUUUGUUUUCCCUGUGUUUUUACCAUUCUGGUGCUGAUUUCUAAGGUGUUUUAUAAUAUUCUCUGGGGCAAAAAUAAAAUGGAUUUGAAACUGA